AUGCCAGCUAAGGCCGAAGGAUAUCCUUGUACACUGGACACAAAUGUGGACCCGCGGGCGCACCCCACGCACAUGGUGCUCAAGAAGAUUGAGAUCACAGCCACCGACUUCCUCUCCAAGCUCUUCAAUGUCUGGGGAGAGAAAGUGGCAAUCGAGAAGUUGCGGAAGGAAAAGGAGGACAUGCAGGCGGAGCUGCACAAACUGCAGCAAGAGAAGGAGACAUCAAAUGCGGUGGAGGCCACGUUGCAACUGAAACAGGCAAUCGAGAAGUUGCGGAAGGAAAAGGAGGACAUGCAGGCGGAGCUGCACAAACUGCAGCAAGAGAAGGAGACAUCAAAUGCGGUGGAGGCCACGUUGCAACUGAAACAGGCAAUCGAGAAGUUGCGGAAGGAAAAGGAGGACAUGCAGGCGGAGCUGCACAAACUGCAGCAAGAGAAGGAGACAUCAAAUGCGGUGGAGGCCACGUUGCAACUGAAACAGGCAAUCGAGAAGUUGCGGAAGGAAAAGGAGGACAUGCAGGCGGAGCUGCACAAACUGCAGCAAGAGAAGGCCACGUUGCAACUGAAACAGGCAGACACCUCCGCGACAGGCGGCAUGAGUGGCACGCACUUGGUGGACUCUCUGCAGAAGGAAAAGACCGCCUUGCGAAAGCUGAACAGGGAACUCACCUGCCUCGUGAACAUGUACCGGGAGCACAACACGGUGUCCAUGCUAGACGAGCCGACCGAGGAAAUCGGGGAAACUUCAUGGUAG